AUGAAGAAAAAUAGACAAUCACAAUCUUAAUCAGACCUUAGAUUGCCUAAUAUACCUGCAGCACUUCAGAUUUCGGCCAUGAACAACACAGCUAUCCCUGCUACUAUCAAAAGCAUCAAGACAAUGAAGGAUAUAAAUGCUAACUAUAUGACUAGAGACAUCAAACACAGCUAGAGUACACUGUUGUUUCAAGAUUAAACAACUAUUGAUAAGAAAAAGAAGAAAAAGAAAAAAAGAAAGAAGCAAAGAGGCAGCUUGAUUCCAGGAGACCAUGGAGAGAUUAUCAUUAAAACUAUUAGCUAAAUCAAUCUACCCUCUCUAAGUACAACCAAGAACAUUGAACGAUUUCUUAAGCAUAAUCCUGAGCAAAUCCUUGAAAGACAUAAUUAGAUUUACAAAUAAAACAAUAGAGAUUUUGAAAAGUCUGUGAAAAAUCAAUACCAGCGAAAGCCUACUCUCAAUAAAAACUCUUCAGCACCAACUCUUCCGAAAUUUAAGUAUGAUAUUAGUGAAUACAUAAAAAACAACAAGAAGAAGAUAUAUUUGGUUGAUGGUUAGCCAUAUGAUGAAACUAACUCAUCAUUUUAUGUCUAUAGCAACAAUGGAGAUGAGUAUCUUGAGAAGUUUAGCAAGGAAUACAAUAUGAUAAAGAAUAAAAAGGUUUAGAUAUAGGAUUAGAUCUAAAUAAUGGAUGCCAAUACCACUCCAUAUAGGUCAAGGCUUCUAGCAGAUACCAUAAGAGAUAAUGUGAGUACUUAAAACAUCUUAGAUGAAACGACCAAGGUGUUCACCACUUUCAACGAAUGGGAUACGACUCCAAACAUGUAUAAAUCAUCAUCUGUUUUAAUCCCUUAGUCUCAAUUAAACACUCCCAAUAUGAGUAUAAAGUUAAAUACUGUGGAUAAUUCUUUCAUCCCUGCUUUUGGCUAAUAUGAAUAGAUGCAAUUUAUGAAUAGACCCUUGAUGCCAAUGAAAUAAAUAUCCAAAAAUAGCUAAAUUGAAGAUGACAGGCAAAGUACUCCAGGAGUCGUAGAGGAGAAUAAACUCUAGGAAAUGAAGGCGUUUCAAAAAUUCUUUGAAAGAUACAAGAAGCAGGACAAGAAUAAGAUAUAAAAAGUGACUCCAUUUUCAAAGUUUAUAGAUAAAUGUGAAUCCUUUGGAAUAGCUCCUAAGCCUUUUGGUAUUGUCUAAAGGAAGAAAAAGAGAGAUUAAAUAGAUGUAAAGGAGCUAGCUAUCGGGGAUAAGUAUGCCUAGGCUCUGGCUGAAGGAUUAGAACUUUUCGAGGAUCAGAAAUCUCUUUUGAUGAAGAAUAGCAAUCUAACUGACCUCGGAGCUAUUCCUAUUAUUAAAUCUCUCAAGCAUGAUCUGAUCAUACUAGAUCUAUCAUUAAAUCCUAAGAUAUCAAUUCAUGCAUAUGAACUACUUUUUGACAUUAUAGACUCUAAACUUUAAGAGCUGUAGCAAUUGAUACUUGAAGGAAAUCAAAUGGGGGACAAAGCUAUUAAUAUGCUCUGUGAAGUCAUGAUUAACAAUAAUUCUAUCACUUAUUUGAACAUUAGGUAGGAUAACUUGAAAUAACUAAAAAUCAUAGUGGAAAUAAAAUUACAGAUGAAGGAGCUAAGGGGAUUUAUAUUAGACGCAUCAUUCAACAGUUUUGGGUCAUAAGCACCACAGCCAGUAAUAGACUAAAAUCAUUCGAUGUAUAAUCCUAUUGCUACUAAGGAAGAAAUUGAUGAAGAAAAUAAAAAUAUGUCUAAGCUAAUGAAGAUAUCCAAAUUGAGUGUUGGUUUAGAACUCUAGAAUAUGUUCCGUGAGAACAAAUCACUCAUCCAUUUAGAUCUGUCGCAUAAUAACUUGAAGAGAGAAGAUUGUGAUCUAAUGGAGGAAGGGCUUAAAGAUAAUCAUUCAUUAUUAGGACUACAUAUGCUAGGUAACGAUGUAAAUACGAAUUCAUUUGGAUAUUUCAGUUCUAAGAGUUCUGAGCCCUCUGCUUCUCAUGUAGUCUCAAGAAUAAAACCAUUACUACACACAGGAACAAUUAGCAAGAGAAAAGUGGAAUUAAAAGCAACUAGUAAUUGCUGGAUAUGCGAAGGUUGGUCGCAGUUAGAAUUUAGAUGGAAUCCACAAGAUGUUGUCUUGGAGGAUGGAAGGUCAUUAAUUGAUGAUAUGGAUGAUAAUACAAUUGUCUUCAUUCACUUAUCUUGUGAUGACGAAGAGGGUGACAUUAUGGAGAAGGAUGAAAUAUCUGGGGAAUUCACUUUAUUGCGAAUGGUCCCACCAGGAAAAUUAAAUUAUCACUUCUCAACAACAUAGCCCCCUUUGGUUAAGGAUGGAAAUAAGAGUUUCACUAAAAGUUUUAUUCAAUAAAGAGCUAUUGAAGUCCCAGGGACAAAUAUUUUUCAAAAUGUUAUUUAGGCUAAGGAGGUAAUAACCUAAUACUAUCUAGAAGAUCUUACAGUUCUACCAAGACCCCCAAUAAAAAAGAUAAAAGGUUUGAGAAGGGAGAAGACGCCUUGGGAUUUUAAAAAAUCUGUGUUUAAGGACUAUAUUCCAGAUAACGAAAUAAUUCUAUCAAGAUGUUUUGAAUAUGAUUGGAAUAACUCCAAAAUUCCUAAGAUAAUCAAAGAGGAGACUGAAUUAGAAUAAAUAAAAGCAUUCUUAAGAACAAUAUACAAGCACUUAAGAGAAUGCUAUAAGUUCUUUGCAGGAGUUAAUCCUAACAAUGGUACACCUUCAAUUGGGCAAAAUAGUUUUUAGGACUUUUAAAAUAAUUGCCAACUCUAGGGUGAGUUGAUGAAGUUAAGUGACAUAGAUUUGGAAUUUAUUUCUACAAAUGCUGGUAAUAAGAGUAAUCCUUUGAAUCCAGAUAGAGCCCUAGUCAGAUAUCAACUUAUGGAGAUCUUAGUUAGAAUUGCUGUAUUCAAAUAUUUUAAGAGCAAGGUAAUGCCUACAACUUCCGAUGCAGUUAAGAUGCUAAUGAAUGAAUCUGUCCUACCUUUCGUUAAGAGAUAUGAUUGUCAUGACUGGAGAGUAAAGCGAUUAUGGAAUGAAGAAUGUGACAUAGUAUUCAAGUAUUAUUUAAUGCCUUUAAAAGCUAUUUACGAUAAAUUUUCAGGAAAGUUCACUAAGCCAGGAAAUCCAAAGUUCAUGAGUCUCGAAGAAGUGAGCAACCUAGCAGCUGCUACUGAAAUUCUAGAUGAUGUAUUUGGUCAAAGAGAUUUGAAUGUUCAAUUUAACUUAGCUAUGAUGACAUAAGUCGCAGAGUUAGAUAAUGAUAGGCAUGUGAAAAUGAGCAUAGUAGAAUUUAUUGAUGCCUUUGGAAGAAUUGCUGACAAGAUCAGUGUUUAAAUUACUCCUGAAAAUGCUCAUGAGAUGGAUGAACUUGAGGAGUAUCAGGCAUUCAAAGAUGAAUAAGAAAAAAUUAGACUUAUCAGCGAAAAGAAGUUAGCUCCUAAGAUAGAGUGGCUUUUCAAGAGAUGUAUCAAUUUCGUCCUAGGAGAUAGCUUCAAAAAAGAAUUUAAAAGAGCGAAAAGUCCUAAAAAGAAGAAGACAAUGUAACAUGUGUUCAAGGAGAGCUCAACUGCCUUAUUAUCCAUAACCUUUAUUCUCUUCCUUGGUUUUACAGUCGCUAAAAUAAUGGCUAACAGAAGAACUCAGUAUGGCGCAGAUAAAUAAUAAGAAGUACCGAAGAUAUUGAAGAAUUUCAUAAGAGUAGUGGAAUUUGAUAUGGCACCCUCCCUUGUGAUAUACUUUUUCAUGAUUGGCUUAGGCGAGUUCUUUAUUUUUGCUGCCGUUUUCGCCUAUUUCAUGCUAAUUACAUCAGCUCUAUUAGUUGUUGCAUAUCAAAAGAAUGCAUAUAAAUUGGUAUUUGUUCUAAGACUACUUAUUGUUUUCUUUACUAUCAGUGCAUUCUUUAAUAUAUUCAUUGACAAUAUGGUCUUCAAGGAUAACUAUCCAAAUAUUCUUAGUUCACUUGCAAAUGGAGACUGGAGGAAGCCAGAUAGUCAAUCAUCAGAUACUAUCCCAACAGAUGACAUGACAAAUUCAACCAAUAACAAUUCUACUCUUCGUUUCUGA